CAACCUCUUUAAGCGCGCAUACUUCUAGUCUCGCCAGCGCGGACACUUCAGCGCACAGCCAGAGCGCACCGGAGCGCACACCACGGGACGCAGGGGCACACCACGGGACGCACGUCUCUGAAGCAACACACAGGACUAUAGUUCCACUCGAAUAACUACAAACAUGUUGGAUCACACGAGACAAAGAGACUUAUUUCGGAUUUUACUCGCUUUAUUGUGUUUUUGCAGACAAAUGCCUGGUACAUGUGCUACAAUCCCUCUGCAGCUCGAUCCACCAAGCAUUGUGGUGCCAUUUGGGAGCCCCGUAUCUGUGAACUGCAGCACGAAUGUCACAAAUGCAAGCAUGGGCUGGGAAGCAUCUCAGGGACAAAAGGACAUGGUGGAAAAUGUCACAUUCAUUACCUGGACCGUGAAGAGCCUUGUGCACUGGGACAUAAAGCCAAUCUGCUUCGUCAAUGUCAAUGAGCAAGAUAUGCUGAGUCUCAAUAUUACUGUAUACAAGCCUCCAGACCGGGUUUCCAUCAGCACUGUGGGUCACACAGGGCCGAUGAUUGAAGGCAGCCAGUACGAGCUCCAGUGUGAUGUUCAGAAUGUUGCUCCUGUUCAUCUCCUCACUGUGAACUGGUACAAAGGACAACAUCUAGUGAAAAGAGAAAACUUUUCUGACAUGAACGAAUUUCCAGUUAAUGAAACUCUGACACUUCAGAUCUCACCGCACAGAGGUGAUGAUGGAACUCAGUACAGAUGUGAAGCAGAACUGCAGCUGGGACCAGAAGGACCUCAACCUCCUCCUUUAGUGAAAUCAGAUCCUCUAAAUAUUACAGUGCACUAUGGACCUGAGUUUUCAAACUGUCCUGAUGUUGUGCAUCUGAAGGAGGGAGAGAGUCUGGCAGGCUACUGUAAUGUCACAGGAAAACCACUGCCUCAUUCCUACUGGCAGAGAGAGGGGGUUCCCAUUGACCCUGCCAUUCCACUUAAUAGGACCUCAAGUGGACAGUACAAAAUCAUCACAAACAGGAAUACUACUAAGUCCCUGAAGGUGGAAGUCAUAUAUGGACCAGAAAUUUCAUGUGAACUCCAUUAUACAGUCAAGGAGAAUGAAUAUUUCAGACCCAGCUGCACGGUUGUAGGUUAUCCUUUGAGUGAAAUAAUUUGGUAUAAAGAUGGAAACAUAGUAGAGUUCCCACAAACAAUGUACAGGACAGAUGCAGGGCAAUACACCAUAACAGCAAGCAACAGCAACUCAGCAGCAAGUCACACAAUGGAAAUCGACGUCUUGUAUCCACCCUCUGAGAUUUCAGAGCUGCAGGAUGUACAGGUAUCUAGUGGAGAAGAUGUGGUGCUCAAGUGCUCUUCUAAUGCCAAUCCUCGGCCCAGAUACAAAUGGAUCUACCAUCGGACAUCUAAUGUGCGUGCCGAGGACCAAGAUGGCGUGUCUCUGCUGCACAUAACCCGUGCUGGUGGAGACAACAUUGGCAAAUACAUAUGUAUUGCCUAUAAUGAUCUGGGAGAAAGGACACAAACGGUCCGAGUUGGUGUUCAAGGUGUAAAGGCUACAUGUCCACUUUCUAUCAGCCCGCAACAUGUAGUGUUGGAGUAUGGCGAAUCUAUCAGCGUGGAAUGUUCAUCUAAAGAGUCUAAUAGAAACUGGGGUUGGAAAUUUUUAGACAGCGUGUCCAACGAGAGCACCUUGGUAAUUAACUCUGACUUGUUUAUUGACAUCGUGGGCUGGAGUGGAAACGUGUCAUGCUACGGAGAUUUUGUGGGACUUGGUUAUUGUCAGAAAGAUUUGGAUAUUACCAUUUACAAGCGUCCAGACCGGGUGUCCAUCAGCACUGUGGGUCACACAGGGCCGAUGAUUGAAGGCAGAGAGUACGAGCUCCAGUGUGACAUUCAGAAUGUUGCUCCUGUUCAGCUCCUCACUGUGAACUGGUACAAAGGAAACAAUCUAGUGAAAAAUCAAAGUUUUGAUGAGACCACGAAUCCAGCUGAUAAAACUGCGACACUCAAGAUCUCCCCAAGCAGAAACGAUAUUAAAACACAGUACCAUUGUGAAGCCAAGCUGAAACCGGCACCAGAUAACUCUACCGUGAAAUCAGAUCUUCUCAACAUUACAGUUCACUACAAACCGGCUAUAACGGACAAAUUGCCACGGUGGGUCCCGGUUUUUCACGACUAUCCGGCGGUGCUCGUUUGUGAGGCCAGUGGGUAUCCACCGCCCACUAUCGCAUGGAUCUUCAACAACAAUAGAUCGGAAGGUGGAAACCUGACAGUAAAAGAGAACGGCGUAUAUAAAUGCAUCGCAUACAAUUCUGUUGGGAAUGACAGCAGAGUGGUCAAUGUAGUCAUGAAAGUUGCCAGUUGUGAGCUUGUGAUCAAGCCCUCUAAACUGCUGGUGGAGUAUGGAGCUUCAGCCUCGGUGGAUUGUUCCACAACAACUCCUAGCAACCACAUGGGCAUGGGCUGGGAGGCGUCUCAGGGAGCAGUGCAGACAAGGAAAGAUGUCCAGCUCAUCAGCUGGAAGGUGGACAGCCUCGUGCACUGGGACAUACAGCCUAUUUGUUUCCUCAACACAUUGGCAGGGCGGUGUCAAAUGAAGCUCCCAGUAACUGUUUACAGGCUUCCAGAUCGGGUGUCCAUCAGCACCGUGGGUCGCACAGGGCCGAUGAUUGAAGGCAAACAAUAUGAACUCCAGUGUGACGUUUACAAUGUCGCUCCUGUUCACCUCCUCACUGUGAACUGGUACAAAGGACAACAUCUGGUGGCAAAAACCUCAUUUUCUGACUCCACCAAGACUCCAGUGAAUCAAUCCACCAGAUUCCACAUGUCCCUGAGCAGAGCUGAUGAUGGAGUUCUCUACAGGUGUGAGGCCGAGCUGAAACUGAGCAUGACGGGAGCUGGAACUCAAGCCUCUUCCAAAAUGGCAUCACAGGUUCUUGGCCUUACUGUACAUUACAGUCCACAGGUCACCAGUGUAGUAGAGAUCUUCAACGAGACAACUGAAGACAUUGCACUGAACUGCACAGUGAUGGCAAAUCCUCCUCCGAGGUAUACAUGGCACUCAACAAAUCUGGAGAAGGAGUUUAAUAUAGGCCAUCCAGUCCUUGACUUGUCGUCUCUCGGGUCAGGGAACUACACUUGCACGGCCUCGAAUGGAAUCGGCAGCGUCAGCAAACUGUUCAUUGUUCAAGCAAAACCAAGAGGUGGAAAUCGUACCACUUUUUGGGCGAUUGUUGGACCCUUUGUCGGACUGGCUGUGGUGAUGAUCAUUGGUUAUGUAUUGGUCAAAAAGAGGACUAUCAAGAAAUGAGUCUUCACAAAUGUUUUUACAAAGAAAUGUGAGCGUUUAUGUACGCAGGAAGGUCACCUGAAUUUACCACUUCAGAGACAAUCAUUCGACUCGGUUGCGUUUGAUUCAACACUGGUGGUUUCAUCGUGUGUAUAAGCACCACUGUUAGGGAUGGAAAAGCUAUUCUUAGUGAAAGAAGUUCCAUCUAGCACGCUAAAGGCUUUCUGGUUUGAUCCUCUGGGAAAAACCUUUGGAAGAAGCUUCGGGAAGAGCCGAUAAUCAAAGAGUGUAUGGGCAGGUAGAUCCAUAUCUCCAUGUUUUUACUGUGAAUGUGCCUCAGGCGGCCUUGUAAACGGCAGCAUUUGGGCCGAGUGUCCUGUUUUUGUUUUUUUUUAAAUUUUUUUUAUUCUUUAAUACUCAGUUUUAUUUAUCUUUAUCAUUAUUUAUUAGAUGUGUAUUAUUAUAUGAUGUGCUUAGUCUGGUUUCAGGCUUGUUUAACCAAAGUUGCUGUAAGUGUGUAUGCAGUCAAUUUUACUCAAGCUUUCUCACUUAAUCUCAGUUUCAAGCUUCUGUGUCUUGUGUGCAUAAAUUAAGAGUUAACACUAAACGCUAUCAAGUUAUUUCAGUCCUGAAUCAUUGAGAUUACUAGGCUCACUCUGGGAAGUCAUCGCUUAGUGACUCAGUUAACGUUUGUUCUAUCACAAUCUGAUAAGGUGGUAAUUUAUCCUGUGUUUCUUUAUGCAUUUAUUUUUCUUAGAUAACCAUGCUGUGGAAAAUGGACUUAUUUGCAGCAAGUGAGUCACUUCCACGUAGGUCUGCACUGCUGAGCCUGUUCAUAGCACCUCAUUUAGUGAAACUCUUCCACUGCAUUUAACAUACUGUAAUUCUUUUAUCAUUUUUUUUUCUUACUGAAGUAUUAAGAAGUAAAGUAACCUUCUGUUCAACUCUGGAUCUUCUCCAUCCACUUUAUUUAAUCCAAAUCUUGCCUAAAUAUUAAUGUGGCUGCAAAAGAAUGUACGUUUUAAUCAAGUACACCUUCCACAAAGGUCACUUUAUAGUGUAGAUUUAUUUACUGACUGUAGCCCAUCUGCUGCUAUGCACUGCACCGCUAUAAGACCAGCGCUUAGCAGAUAUUAUUUGGGAAUUUCUAGCACAGCAAUGAUACAUGGUGGUGUGUGUUGCCGGUACAAGUGUGUGUAAACGUAUUGGCCAGUUUAUUAGACAUACCUACCUUGUUGCUCUUUUGUUUAUAUUUUUUUUUCCUUGUAAAAAUCGUGUCAGUCGUCCUCUACACCUGACCCGGGGGACUGCUGCAGGUAUUUUUCCUUGAGAGUGACAUUGAAGUUUUCCAGAUCCCAGCGAAACACACUUUAAGAUGUGAAUCUUAAGAUGUGAAAGAUGUGAAUACUUCUGAAAAUUACUUGAUUCUUUUUUUUUUACAUGUAUUUUAUGGUUUUAUCUGUUUAUUAUAGGUUGGAAAGAUGUUUGGUGUGCACUAGAUAGAAAUAACAAUUCACAACGUUGCAUCAAAGUAUUAACACGGUCAUAAUGCAGACGAAAUUCAUUUUUGUCUUUUAGCAUUUUUAAUCUUUUAGAAGUAGCAAAUUGGUUACUCAGUUUCAUUUGAAAUAUUCUGAUUAAUAAA